CGGCUGGGGCGCCGGCUGGAAGGAAAGGCCGGCAGAGACCCGGGCCGGCCGUCAUGGCCUCGGCCCCAAGCCCACCCCGGGUGCCCAAGCCCAAGGGCAUCCAGCCUUCACACUAUUAUGAGAGCUUUCUAGAGAAAAAGGGACCCUGUGACCAGGGUUACAAGAAGUUCUGGGCAGGUCUCCAGGGCCUCACCAUCUCUUUCUACAGUAGCAAUCGGGACUUCCAGCCCCUGGAGAAGCUGGACUUGAGAACCUUUGUGAAACUCACAGAUGAAGCUCCCAGGGCAGGCUCACGUGACCCUGGCAUCCACUUCGGCCUGGUCCUCCGGGAUCAGGAGAUCAAGUUCAAGGUGGAGAGCCUGGAGUCUCGUGAGAUGUGGAAAGGCUUCAUCCUGACGGUGGUAGAGCUCCGCAUCCCAUCCAAGCUGACCCUGCUGCCAGGACACCUGUAUAUGAUGGCCGAGGUCCUCGCCAAAGAGGAGGCGCGCCGCUCCCUGGAGAYGCCGUUGUGCUUUCUGAAGGUGAGCCGGCUGGAGGCCCAGCUGCUCCUGGAGCGCUACCCCGAGUGCGGGAACCUGCUGCUGCGGCCCAGCGGGGAUGGCAAGGACGGCGUGUCUGUCACCACGCGACAAACGCUCAACGGGGCGCCGGUGGUCCGGCACUACAAGGUGAAACGCGAGGGCGCUAAGUACGUGAUCGACGUGGAGGAUCCGUUCUCCUGCUCCUCGCUGGACGCAGUGGUCAGCUAUUUCGUGUCGCACACCAAUAAGGCGUUGGUGCCAUUCCUGCUGGAGGAGGACUACGAGAAGGUGUUAGGCUACGUGGACGCGGAUAAAGAGAACGGGGAGAGUGUAUGGACGGUGCCCUCUGCCCCUGACUCGGAGCCAGGUCCUGCACCCCCUGCAGGUGGCUCCAAGUCACUGCCUCCUGUGGCAUCCAGCCAGGACAAACUGCCCCCACUACCUCCCCUGCCCCCGCUACCGAGCCAGGAUGACAACUACGUGACCCCCAUUGCAGAUGCCCCAGCUGCGGACUACGUGAAUCAGGAUGUGUCUUCCUCUGGUUGUCCGGUUGUCCCAAAGCCCAAGAAGUUAGCAAAGGCUCCAGCAAAGCCUCCAAAGCCACCCACUGUGCCCAAGCCAGUGCCCAAAGGCAACAACAGGCCGCUGGCCAGGAAGUUGGUGGGUGGCUCACCCCAGGCUGCCUUCCUUGCAACAAGACCACCCCCCCUAGGGCUGGGGGACGUGACAGCCGAGCUGCAGGAAAAGCUGCAGAAGAGGCGGGCCCUGGAGCAGUGAGCCGCGCCGCGGGACAGGAGGGCUUGGCCCCAGCUCAGCACACCAUCUGCUC